UUCCUUCGCCGCCCGGGAAGCGAGCGAGGCCUUUCCGCUCUUCACUCUCCUCCGCUCGCCGUCUCCUCUUUCUUCUCUUCUCCUCUCCUCGCUCACGAGGCCCAAGCUUACCGCCAAGGUCUCGAUCUCCGCGGGGCUCUCCGUCGCACUUUCUCGUGCCUCGGGGACCCCGAUCCGCCAUCGAGAUCCCGUUAAUUUCCCCGGAUGCACUGAUCGAACUCGUACCUCAAGAGACUGCUUGAAUCGGACAUGGCGGCAGCGAACGGCAUGAAGGUGGCGCUGCACCGGCAGGUCUCCGGGGGCUCGAUGAAGCACAACGCCGAGCUCCGGCGGCAGGCGUCGCUCGAGUCCCCGCGGACGGGGCGGGCCACCAGCCGGUUCCUGUUCGGGCGGCAGUCAUCCAUGGACCCGAACCGGCGGCGCGGCCGGAGCCAGAGCCCCGUGGGGUCGGGCACGCCGGCGGAGGACCUGAGCGUGCCGGAAAACCUCGACGCCACCAUGCAGCUGCUCUUCUUCGCGUGCCAGGGCGACGCGCUGGGCGUCGAGGGCCUGCUGCGGAGCGGCGUCGACGUCAACAGCAUCAACCUCGACGGCCGCACCGCGCUGCACAUCGCCGCCUGCGAGGGCCACCGCGACGUCGUCAGGAUUCUGCUCAGCUGGAAGGCCAACAUCGACGCGCGCGACCGCUGGGGAAGCACGGCAGUAGCUGAUGCCAAGUUUUACGGCCACUCCAAGGUCUACGAACUCUUGAAAAUUCAUGGUGCAAAGGUUCCGAGAACCAAGAGGACACCAAUGAUGGUCUCGGUCCCAGGCGAGAUACCAGAGUACGAGUUGAACCCCGGAGAGGUCCAAUUCCGGCGAGGCUGUGAUAUUACACCGGGCAUGUACCAUAUCGCGAAAUGGAAUGGCACCAAGGUUUCUGUAAAAAUACUUGACAGAGACGGUUGCUCCGAUCAAGAAGCCGCAAACUCUUUUAGGCAUGAACUGACUGUACUGGAGAAAGUCCGACACCCUAAUGUCGUUCAGUUCGUCGGAGCCGUCACUCAGAGCAUACCUAUGAUGAUUGUUUCUGAACUUCAUGAAGAGAAAGACUUAUCAGUCUGUAUCCAGAAGAAAGGAAAGUUACAUGCUCACAAGGUGCUAAGAUAUGGCCUUGAUAUUGCCAGGGGCAUGACCUAUCUCCAUCAGUGCAAACCGGACCCCAUCAUCCACUGCGACCUAAAGCCAAAACAUAUCUUCCUGGAUAGUGGAGGCAACCUGAAAAUUGCGGGAUUCGGAGUGAUAAGGGUGUCAAAGAUCGGGCCCGACAAAGUGAGACUGAUCAACCAUGGUGCUCUCGUUGAUAGCUUCAGCUACCACACUGCACCUGAGCUGUACAGAAACGACGCGUUCGACUCCAGCGUCGAUGCCUACUCAUUCGGCUUCAUCCUCUAUGAGAUGGUUGAAGGAUCAGUGAGGACGCCAGAGGAUUCAGGACACACGAUCCGGUUCGAGGGGAUGCGGCCACCACUCAAGGGCAAGCUCAAGGGCUAUCCUCCAGACUUCAAAGCGCUGGUGGAGGAAUGCUGGCACCCGCAGGCCAUGGCUCGGCCGACAUUCUCGGAGAUCAUCAUCCGGCUGGACAAGAUCUACAGCCACUGCGACAGCAAAGGGAGCUGGAAGGAGUCGCUCAAGCUUUGGAAAUGAUCGACAUCGCUUGCUCGCCUUCGUCUAUGUGUACAUAUCGCUGCAAACGCGUCUCUUUCCAGGGAAGCUUGAGUGCUGUUAUAAGGUGGAGGAUCACGCGGCAUGUUGAUUGUUUUUUUUGUACGAAAUUGUAACAGAAUGUGAGUAAAAUUGGAAAGAACAACACGUAUAUAUAUAUAUACGUCCUUUUUUCCCGGCUGCA